AUGGACCUGCGGAUCGGGCAGCGCCUGGUGAAGCCUGGCACAGACACCACCCUGCUGGCCCUCAAGCACACCCAGCAGCUGCAGCACCAACUCUUCCUGGCCAGCCUGCACCAGCAGCAAGUGGAGCAGCUCACCCACCAGCACGUCAGGGUGACCAUGGAAUCCCCACACCGUGAAGCUGAGGCUGGGCAGCAGGAGCAGGAGCUGAGACAGAUCCUCAACAAGGACAAGAGCAAGAGAAGUGCUGUGGCCAGCACAGUGGUGAAGCAGAAGCUGGCAGAGGUCAUCCUGAAGAAGCAGCAGGCAGCCCUGGAGAGGACCAGCAACCCCAACCCUUCAGCCAUGCCCUACAGGUCUCUGGAACCUCUGGAUCCUGAGGGCCCUUCCCCUCCUGUGCUCAGCACCUUCCUGCCCCCUGUCCCCAGCACCUCUCUUGACCCCCCAGAGCAUUUCCCCCUGCGGAAGACAGCCUCUGAGCCCAACCUGAAGGUGCGCUGCAAGCCCAGGAAGUGCCUUGACCGCCGCAAGAAUCCCCUGACCCGCAAGGAGAGUGCCCCCCCCUCGCUGAAGAGAAGGCCACCUGAGGCCAUUGACUCCUCCCCCAGCAGCAGCAGCACCCCCGUGUCUGGCUGCAGCUCUCCCAACGACAGCCUCCCGGCCGAGCACGGAGCCCUCCCUGCCGCCGCCAGCCUGGCACUCGAGGCAGAGGCAGAGCGGCGCCCCCUGGCCAGCCUGGCACACAGGGUGCCCGUGCUGAACGGGCCUGUGCUGGGGGCCACUCCCUCCCCACUCUUCAUCCCAGCUGGCUUGGAGCAGCGUGAGGCUGGCAGCCCUUUGUCCCCCCGGCUGCAGCCCCUCAUCAUCCUCGAGCCCUCCGUCACCCACGCUCCCCUGGUGGCAGUGCCAGGGCUGGGAGCUGUGCCCUUGUCCUUUGCCCCCUCGCUGGUGGCAGAGCGUCUGCCGCUGCCAGCACACCACAAGCCGCUGGGCAGGACCCGCUCCGAGCCCCUGCCCCAGAACCCCAAAGCCAUCCAGCAGCACUUGGUCUACCAGCAGCACCACAGCCAGUUCCUGGAGAGGCUCAAGCAGCAGACACAGCUGGGCAAGCGCAUGGCCAAGCCGCGGCUGCGGCAGAUUCCUUCCUCCGAGGACAUGGAGGCUGAGGGCAGCCUCCCCGAGCCCAGGGCUGACAGCACCGACCCAGCUGGCACACAUCUGGAGCCCACACGCCUGGGGAGCAGCCUGAAGGAGCCAGAGAGGAUGCAGAAGGUGAUGCAGCCUCAGGAGGAACUUGUCCUGCAGCAGGCCUACCUGUGGGACUCCUACCAGCGAGUGCAGCAGCAGCUCCUCAAGCCCCAGCCCUUGGCUGACUCCCCCAUGGUGCCCCCCAGCCUGCAGGCUGGGCACAGGCCCCUCUCCAGGGCACAGUCAUCUCCUGCCACUGCCACCAUCUCCCUUCCUGCCCAGGACUCAGCCUCCAAGCCACUCUCCCUGCAGGAGCAGGCAGCCAAGCCUCACUUCACAACAGGGCUGGUUUAUGACUCAGUGAUGCUCAAGCACCAAUGCUGCUGUGGGGACAACAGCAACCACCCCGAGCACGCCGGCAGGAUCCAGAGCGUCUGGUCCCGGCUGCAGGAGCGAGGCCUCCGCAGCCGCUGCGAGUGCCUGAGGGGGCGCAAGGCCACCCUGGAGGAGCUGCAGAGUGCCCACACCGAGCGCCACGUCUUCCUCUAUGGCACCAACCCCCUCAACCGCCUCAAGCUGGACAACGGCAAGCUGGCAGGGAUCCUGGCACAGAGGAUGUUUGUCAUGCUGCCCUGUGGCGGGGUGGGGGUGGACAGUGACACCAUCUGGAACGAGCUGCACUCCUCCAACGCUGCCCGCUGGGCCGCUGGCAGCGUCACCGAGCUGGCAUUCAAGGUGGCCACCAGGGAGCUGAAGAAUGGCUUCGCUGUGGUGAGACCUCCUGGGCACCAUGCAGACCCUUCCACUGCCAUGGGCUUCUGCUUCUUCAACUCUGUGGCCAUCGCUGCCAGGCAGCUGCAGCAGAAGGGGAAGCUCAGCAAGAUCCUCAUCGUGGACUGGGAUGUCCACCAUGGCAAUGGGACUCAGCAGAUCUUCUACAGGGACCCUGAGGUCCUCUACAUCUCUCUGCAUCGCCACGACGAUGGCAACUUCUUCCCUGGCAGUGGGGCUGCUGAUGAGGUUGGUGCUGGCCCUGGUGAGGGAUUUAACAUCAACAUAGCCUGGACUGGAGGGCUGGACCCCCCCAUGGGUGACCCUGAGUACCUGGCAGCCUUCAGGAGCGUGGUGAUGCCAAUCGCCCACGAGUUCUGCCCCGACCUGGUGCUGGUGUCUGCUGGCUUUGAUGCUGCUGAUGGCCACCCACCAGCCCUGGGUGGCUACAGAGUCUCUGCCAAAUGCUUUGGCUACAUGACCAAGCAGCUGAUGAGCCUGGCUGGGGGAGCUGUUGUGCUGGCCCUGGAAGGUGGCCACGACCUGACUGCCAUCUGCGACGCCUCCGAGGCUUGCGUCUCAGCCCUGCUGGGUGACGAGCUGGAGCCUCUCCCAGAGGAAAGCCUGAGGCAGAAACCCAACCCCAACGCCGUGCGCUCCUUGGAGGCAGUGGUGCAGGUCCAGAGUAAGUACUGGGUGGCCUUGCAGCGCUUCGCCCCCAAGCUGGGCUGCUCCUUCCUGGAGGCUCAGCACCACGAGGCAGAAGAGGUGGAGACUGUCACAGCCUUGGCCUCCCUCUCUGUGGCUGUGCUGGUGGAGAAGAGGCCCCGGGAUGAGCCCAUGGAGGAAGAGGAGGCCAUGAACCAGUGAUGAGCAGGGGUGGGCUCUGCUCCCCUGCUCCCAGGCCAUGGCUGCACUCUCCUGAGCCCAGUGCUCAGGCUCCACUCCUGGCUUCCCACUGCCCAUGGCAUUCCCACUCCCCAAGCCACAGUCCUGACGUGGCCUGGACCCUUGGCUGCCACCUCUGCAGCUCUCCCAGCGUGGAGCCACCAGGAAGAUGUUGCCCAGCUCAGGACCACUGAAGAAACCACAACCUCCCUCUGCACCACCUGGCCCUGCAGAGCCAGAGCCCAGCCCCUGGCACCUGGAGCCCCCUCUCUGGGAGGCCUCCCAGGCAGGACCUGCCCUUCUCCAGGGACCUUGGGUGAGGGUUGGGAUGGGUCCUGAGGCCCUGCUGCAGGUGGGGCAGAGCCACCCUCAGAGCUCCUCUCCAUCAGGCAGUGAUGACUUUGAGAAGCUGCCUCGGGGAUCACCUGGCAGGGGCAGUGCCCAGGGUUGGGGACAACCCAGGACAACACCUAAGGACUCAACCCAGGACACCUAAGGACUCAACCCAGGACACCUAAGGACUCAACCCAGGCCCCCUGGGGCCUCAAAGCAGCACACCAGGCUCUCUGCCUUCUUCUGAAGGCUUCCUGGCACCCCUUGCCCUCUGGCUGGGCACAGGGUGGGAGCUGAGUGGUGGCAAUGCCGUGGGGGGGAUGAGCUCCUCCUGCACCAGCAGGCUGUGGACAGCUGUGGG